AUGCACAUCCUCGGACCUUUAUCGAUCGUCGCAGCUCUCGCAACGUACGUCAUGGCGCAAAGUAGCCCCCAACCACCUGAAAUGACAUUGCUGUAUCAUAUGGAAGUCCAGCUUGGUGAACGGUUUUCACUAGGGCCCGUGCCGAAUGGCCAGGAGCGCAUUGUGAUCCCCAUCGUGGGCGGCACCUUCAAAGGACCUCGACUUUCCGGCAAAGUACUCAACCUAGGCGCAGACUGGCGGCUCACAGACAAAGACGGCAAGAUCCGUCCAGAUGCGCGCUAUAACAUUCAAACUGAUGAUGGCGCCUGGAUCUACGUUCAGACCGAAGGGCCGACGCAGUCAGAUGGGAGGACGCUUUUACGAGGAAAAUUCGAAACCGCUACAAACGGCACCUACAACUGGCUCAACGACGUGGUGGCUGUGGGUGUACUAACGCGGAAUGGGACAGAGGGCGUGAUAAUCGAUAUGUGGGAAGCUAAUGCACCUUGA